GCGCAGUGCUCAUUUGCUAAUGUCGCCUUCUCUGGCUGUCUGACACUCUGGGAGAUGCUGAGCCUCUCAGAUGGAGGCUGUGUGUGACCAGCUCCAUGCAGAUGAUGAUGAGGAGGAGAAGGAGGCAGGAGCAGAUGAAGCCAUGCUGUGGUCCAUCCAGGAGGCUCUGGAGAGGCAGACCCUGCAGAUAGGAACAUCAGCCUGCGGGGCCACAGCUGUGGUGGACGUGCUGAAGGCCCUCGGGGUGGAUGUGGCCCCUGAGGAGGCAGACCGCUGCGUUCAGACACACCUGAGGAGGAAUGAGUCACCGCUGCCUGACUACCUGCUGUCCCGCAGUGAAGCUGGUGCGACUCACGCUCAGCUCAUCCAAGGAGCACAAGAGGCCAGUAACGGGAAGGUGAUUGGUCGCUUCUUCCACUUUCACCCUCGGCGGCUGGUCAGACUGGUCCCCUGGCUCGCACGCUGGAUCCGAAAAGGUGCCGUUCCCGUGGCGACCAUGAACAUGCAGCUUGUUGUGCCUGAAGGAGAAGAGGUGCCUGACGCCUGGCACCAUCAGCUCAUAUUUGGCGUUGCACCGAAUGCUGUUUUCAUGACCAAUCCUUUAGAUGUAGGAAGUGAGGGAGAGGUGCACCAGAGACUCUGCAGUGAGUCUGUGCUGCUGAUUCGUCGAGAAGACGUCCUGCAGAGACUGACGCCAGAUUGCUGUCUGUCCAGCUUAUCAGACAGCCAGUCUGACCCACGGUGGAAAGCCCUGGAUGUCGAGGGUCAAGUGAGGCAGAUGGCCCUAGAAGAGGAACAGGAACAAAAUCAACCCAAGUUAACACACGUCACGAUCCCAGCAGCGUACAGUUCAGGCGUCACACUCUUCGCUCUACGAGAGUCAGAUUUAGGACAAGAACUCCUCAAAGCUCCUGAGCUUCCUUUGCUGUGACCGGACUCAUGAACCUAUAGCUUGAAGAUUCAUUUAUUGUAAUCAGAAGUAAAACACUGAAGAUGCAGUUGUUGCAGAUGGCAGGUUGGAGACAUAUGAACCACGUAAACAUUUGCACAGGAAGUGAAUAUAUUACAGAUGUGUGUAAGUGAUAUGAAGGAAGAUUAAACUGUGCAUUCACAGGAAACAAAACCACAAAAAUCUGAUGUUUAAUACAUCUUUUGUGUCAAGUGCCCUCAUGUGUGGCUUCAUUUGCCAGCUGCUGUCUGCCACCAAACAGCUGCAGAUGUUUCCAACAACUCACCACCAUCAUCCAUGAACAUUUCUCUCACUGAUGCCUGUUGUUUUUCCCAUGCAUUAUAAACAGUUUCAUGUCAGUGAAUUACUUGAAUAAAGUAUGUUUCAGAUAUUAAGCAAGCA